GUGGCCCUUUCUACCUCAUAGCAGAGUGACAGUGAGAGAAGGACCCAGACCUUUAAUCUUGUUUUGCAGUGGAUUUAGCAGGGAAGAGCUGCAACAGCCUGGAAAUUACCAUGGAAAAGAUACUGAAAACAGAAUUGAAAACUUCCAUUCUGAAGGCAUUUGGAAGCUCGGGAGGAGGAUACAUCAGCCAAGGCCAAGGCUAUGAAACGGACAGUGGACGAGUAUUCGUUAAGAUCAACCACAAGUCUCAGGCUAGAAAGAUGUUUGAAGGGGAAAUGGCAAGUUUGGAAGCUAUUCAGAAAACCAAUACUGUGAGAGUGCCUCAGCCUAUUAAAGUAAUUGACCUUCCUGGAGGAGGAGCAAUGUUUGUCAUGGAGUACCUAAAGAUGAAGCAUCUCAACAAAUAUUCUUCAAAGCUUGGAGAGCAGAUAGCAGAUCUUCAUCUUUAUAACCAGAAGCUUGGAGAGAAAUUGAGAAAGGAGGCACACACAAUUGGUAAAGGUGCAGGUCACUCUGAGUUUCAGUAUGUGGAUAAGUUUGGAUUCCAUACAGCCACUUGCUGUGGCUAUAUACCACAGGUGAAUGAAUGGCAGAGCGAUUGGCCUUCUUUCUUUGUACGUCAUCGACUCCAAGCUCAAUUGGAUUUGAUUGAAAAAGAUUAUGGAGACAGAGAAGCCAGAGAACUUUGGUCACAGCUAAAACUAAAGAUUCCUGAAAUGUUCUGUGACAUAGAAAUUGUUCCUGCUCUCCUGCAUGGGGACCUGUGGGCAGGAAACGUGGCCGAGGACGACUCUGGGCCAAUUAUCUUUGACCCUGCUUCCUUUUACGGCCAUUCAGAAUUUGAACUGGCGAUUGCUGGAAUGUUUGGUGGGUUUAGCAGCUCUUUUUUCUCUGCAUAUCACAGUAAAAUACCCAAAGCUCCGGGAUUUGAAAAACGAAACAAAUUGUAUCAGCUCUUUAAUUAUAUAAACCAUUGGAACCAUUUUGGGACAGGGUACAGGGGGUCUACCCUAAACGUAAUGAGAAAGCUUUUAAAGUGAACAAAAAAGGUUUGAGAAAUUCUGACCCUGCUUAUCAGGGUCCCUGCUUAUCAGAAGUAAUACAACCUAGAAGUUAAUGUUGAUGAUAAAACACAGGAUAGAUGUAAAAGGCUUAGUACACUUUUGAGCCUCAAUAAAUGUUAGGAGUGAUUGUGUUAUUUUUACUGUAUAUGCUAGUUUACUACCACAGAUUCAUACCAUGCUGAAAAAAGACUGCAUCCUUUGUGAAAACUUCACUAGACUGGAAAAGUAGCAUGAUAGGUUAACCUUACUCUCUGUAGACUGUCCUACUUGUCAGUCGCUGCAUUUCCAUGCUCUUUUGCAUCUUGCCACUUUUCCGGCUGUUCUAUCAGCAGUUCAUUAUUGAGAGCUACCGUUCUGGGAUUGUGGUACUGGAAGUAAUCACUGGUUCCUUACCUCUCCCCUUUUUUGUUGAGUUUUCCUCUUCUCUUCUGUGUCUGUUCCAUCCCUUUCCCCAUGUAUGUUUCUGUGUUUUCUGUCCUCCCCCUUGUAAGAGUUCUGAUCCAAAAUUUAAUUCAGAUUCUAUGAAUCUGGAAAUGGAAACCUCUUUUUCAUGUAAAGAGUAGAUUGGCCCCUUUGGACUGCACUUUGCAAGGCAUAUAUAAUAGCAUUUCUUAUAUUUUUUGUACUUAAUUUAAGAGAAUUUUCUUAAUAGUAACAUUCCUUAGUAGGUUAUGCUAUGAUAAUAAUGUAUAUUUAAAUAACUUUGUAAAAAUAUAUCAGAGGAGGGAGACUUAGCUGUUUGAUGACAAGAAAGCAUCUACUAUUUCCGCAAUGCUGACUUGCACUUGAUUUUUUUUAGUUCUAGAAAAUAACGUAUGCUAGGCAAAACUAGUCUGUUCUACCACUGCUGGUCUAUUGAAGGAACAGUGUAAAAAAUGGAGGGUUUAAAAAUAUUUUUAAAAUAUUCCUACUUGCUUUAUUUUUACAGAAAAAAUAGGCAAUGAGAACAUGUAACAAAUAUCCUGGCAUGCAAUGUGAGCCAGAAUACAUUAACAAAUCUGUUUUUUAAUGGAAGAAAGUUAGGGGUAAAGAAAGUAAAUGUAAGUGCAAUCCUAGAAAGGCUUAUGUGAAUUGGAAAAUCUGAAUUAGACUGACUGUGAACCUAUGCCUUUAUGCUGGUUGUAAUGCCUGAUACCUAAAAAGUUAUAUUUGAAACGUUCCAAUCUGUUUAGAACUUUUUUCCAGCUUUACGUGGUAUUGCUGUGAUGAAUAGUGUCUUGAAAAUAACAUUAUUCCAGUUAAGGAGAAUAUAGCAGGCACUGAAGCAAUGUCUUUUCUUAUGUUUGCUACUCUGUAAAAGGUUUCUUAUAAAGUUUAAAUGUUAUAAAAUAUAAAAUAUAACUUUAAGCAAUUGGACAUUAAUUCUGUGUAAAUAUAAUACAAGUAGUUUACAAUUUUUACUUACUUUGAACGUGGGUUACAAUGAGGUGAAUCUGUCACAUUGUGUUUCUAACACUUGAUACAAUUAUAAUAGUGGAAAAGUGGAAUAACUUGUGUUGGAAUCCAGUUGAAAUUGUA